AUGGACUAUGAUGAGUUUAAGGUGCGCUUGGGUAAUCUUUCGGACACCAUUUGCAAGCGUUCGGAUGUUUACAACAGCAUGAGAACUUCAGAAGGAGAUGCACAAGCGACAUGGAUGGCAAAUGGGAUGCAGUGGCCAGGCACAUGGGUGGAUCCAACAGACAACCAUAAGAAAGGACAUCAUGCUGGAAUUGUUAAGGCGGGCGCAUUGAAUGCACAACUGCGAGUGUCUGCUCUACUCUCCAAUGCACAAUUCAUCAUCAACUUUGACUGCGACCACUACAUCAACAAUUCUCAAGCUCUCCGUGCAGCAGUCUGCCUCAUGCUUGAUCAACGGGAAGGUGGUAACACUGCUUUUGUUCAAUUCCCUCAGCGCUUCGACAAUGUCGACCCGACAGACCGGUAUGGCAACCACAACCGAGUAUUCUUUGAUGGAACCAUGCUUGCCCUAAAUGGCUUGCAAGGACCAUCCUACCUUGGCACUGGAUGCAUGUUCCGUCGCAUAGCGCUCUAUGGCAUUGACCCACCUCAUUGUAGACAAGACAACAUCACACCUGAAUCUAGCAAGUAUGGCAAGUCCACACUCUUAAUAGACUCGCUUCUUAUGAUAAAGGAACUGACUGGGGUAACAGGCCCGGCCCUUGGGGGGUGCGAGCUGUGCAUUGGCACAGGGCCCUCGAAGCCAAGGGGCCUAAUCCCAGCUACGUCUUCGCGUCCGGCGUCAUUCUUGCGCGUUGUCGUAAAUGAAGGACCCAUCUUUCUGGCCAAGCUCCAGGCCCAUAAAUUGACAGGACCGGGCCUGUGGGGUAAGGGUGUUGGCUACAUCUAUGACAUAGCAACUGAAGAUAUAGUGACUGGAUUUCGCAUCCAUGGGAAAGGGUGGCGUUCCAUGUAUUGCACAAUGCAGCAUGAUGCAUUCUGUGGCACAGCACCAAUCAACCUAACAGAGCGCCUCCACCAAAUUGUUCGUUGGUCUGGUAGGUCCCUAGAGAUGUUCUUCUCCCUCAACAACCCACUCAUCGGUGGCCAGCGGCUGCAACUUCUUCAACGUGUCUCCUACCUCAACAUGACGGUCUACCCAGUCACAUCACUUUUCAUCCUGCUCUAUGCUCUCUGCCCGGUAAUGUGGCUCGUCCCCGAUGAAAUACACAUCCAAAGGCCCUUCACUAGGUAUGUUGUGUACCUUCUCAUAAUUAUAUUGAUGAUCCACAUGAUUGGCUGGCUCGAGAUAAAGUGGGCUAGGGUCACAUGGCUAGACUAUUGGCGUAAUGAGCAGUUCUUCAUGGGUUGGAUCGACAAGUGCAUACCUAAUAGCACUAUUGCACAUGGCAAAGAAACUCCUCACGAAGAAGGCGUUUGUCUUGGCUGCCAAUGUUGGACUGUUGGAGUGGCCAUGGGCAAGGCCUUGGUGUACAUGGGAGUAUGGACAGUGGCGAAGAAGAUUCAUGCUGCGCUCGGACUUCUGUUCAAUGUGUGGAUCAUGGUGCUCCUUUACCCCUUUGCACUGGCGAUCAUGGGACGGUGGGCGAAGAGACCGAUCAUCCUGUUGGUACUACUGCCAGCAGUCUUUGUAAUUGUUGGCGUGAUAUAUGUGGCUCUUCAUAUCUUACUUGCUAAUGUUAUUCCAAUAUAG